UCUCUCUCUCUCUCUCUCUUUCUCUCUCUCUCUCUUGGGUUGGCACACGAUAUAGCGGUAUAAAAAGUCCCCGACGAGAGAAUAACACUUGAAUGUGACUCUUGUGUUGCUGGAAUCGCAGAGAGGGAUCUUUCACCCUUCUGCAAACCUUGAAGUGCUAACAGCAGUAGAUAGACAACACAAUGAAGGUCGCAGUAUUCUUUAUCCUCUUUUUCCUGGUCAUGGGGAAGCCUGAGUUUCCAGCGCAAGAGAAGAACCCUGCUUUCUGGAGACAAUUGGCUCAGACCUCGAUAAAAAAUGCCUUAAACAUUCAAAACCUCAACAAGAACAUUGCCAAGAAUCUCAUCCUCUUUCUUGGUGAUGGUAUGGGUAUACCCACAGUGACGGCAGCACGGAUUCUAAAGGGUCAACUAAAUGGACAAAGCGGCGAGGAGUCACAACUGGAGAUGGACAAAUUUCCCUACAUUGCCCUCUCUAAGACAUAUAACACCAAUGCUCAAGUACCAGACAGUGCGGGCACUGCCACAGCAUUCCUGUGCGGGGUGAAGGCCAACGAGGGUACAGUAGGAGUAAGUGCAGCAGCUGUCAGAUCCCAGUGUAACACCACUAAGGGGAACGAGGUCACCUCCAUUCUUAGAUGGGCCAAAGAAGCAGGCAAAUCAGUGGGGAUUGUCACUACAACACGUGUGAACCAUGCCACGCCCAGUGCCGCCUAUGCCCACAGUGUAGAUCGGGACUGGUAUUCAGAUGGGGAUAUGCCUGCCGAGGCACGGGAGAGUGGCUGUAAAGACAUUGCUCGACAACUCUUUGAAAACAUCCCUGACAUUGAUGUGAUUAUGGGGGGUGGGCGGAGAAACAUGUACCCUAAAAACGUAUCAGAUGAGGAGUACCCAGGAGAUAAGAAACACAAUGGUACACGCAAGGAUGGCAGGAAUCUUGUGGCGGAGUGGAUCGACAGAGUGAAGGAUAAGAGAGGUCAUUAUGUAUGGAAUAAGGGGGGUCUUCUUGCCUUGAACCCAAACAAUGUGGAUUAUCUGUUAGGGCUGUUUGAGCCAGCAGAUCUGGCGUAUGAACUUGAGAGGAACAAAGACACGGACCCUUCCCUCACCGAAAUGGUAGAUGUAGCCAUUAAGAUUCUCAAAAGAAAUGAACGUGGGUUUUACUUGCUUGUGGAAGGUGGGCGCAUUGACCAUGGUCACCACGAGGGAAAAGCAAAGCAGGCCUUACAUGAGGCUGUGGAGUUGGACCGGGCCAUUACCCGAGCUGGUCUUCUCACCAGUAUCCAUGACACCCUGACUGUUGUCACUGCUGACCACUCUCAUGUCUUCAACUUCGGAGGCUACACACCACGAGGGAACUCCAUUUUCGGUUUAGCCCCCAUGUUGAGUGAUGUUGACAACAAGCCCUUCACAUCCAUUCUGUAUGGAAAUGGCCCAGGGUUCAAGAUGGUUAAUGGUGAAAGAGAAAAUGUCUCGACCGUGGACUAUGAGCAAAAUAACUAUCUGGCGCAGUCUGCCGUUCCCUUGCGCUCGGAGACUCAUGGGGGUGAAGAUGUGGCCAUCUUCUCCAAAGGUCCCAUGGCUCAUCUCCUUCAUGGAGUCCAGGAGCAGCAUUAUAUUCCCCACGUCAUGGCCUACGCAGCUUGCAUCGGUCAAAACAAAGACCACUGCCGGGCAGGGUCCGGUGCAGCUCCCUCUUUCAACCACAUCUCCCCUAUUUUGGCUGUUCUUCUCACAGUUACAUGGCUCCUGUGUUGACCUGUUGCUUUUCGAAUCAUCUCUCAACCUUCAGUUAUUAGAUUAGGAACUAUCCUUACUGAUUCCUUCAAGUGGAUUUUUGGUGAUUUUUGAUCAUAUUUCAUUAGUUUUUCUUAACAGCAUUUCUUAACAUUUUAUCAACACUGGGACUAAUGCCUGGACAUUAUGAAGAGCCUGAAGACCAUACGGUCAAUGUGUAGAAUUCUAUUGUCUAUGAGAUUCUAUUGGAAUAAUGGAAAGAAAAAGUGAUGCAGGAAAAUGCUGACAAUUUUGACUUGCCAUUUAGAGUUAGAACAAGCUCACACUACACCUUUAUGUUUCAGAAAUUCUGCAAAAUUGCACGAGCAGUUUCACUUCUCUCUUGUGUAUUUUUGCAAUGAUGCAAACAAACAGUAAAACGUGGAAAAAACAUUUUCUUGCCAUUUAAAGUAAAACACACUCACAUUUACGGAGCCCGUUAGAGGACAGGGAGGGAAUUAAUAUUUAUUUUCAUAAAUAGUUUUACGUUCCCUCGCAAUAAAUUUUUGCGUUCCUUUGCAAUAAAUAAACCUUGCUUUUACUUUAGUAAUAUUGUAAUGACCACGACUGUAGUUACCAUGGCUAUUUUGUGUUUACUAUGGUUUUACUACAAAUAUCAUGGUUAAACUAAGGUUACUUUUUACUAUUAUUAAAUAUGUUGAUACUAGUAAAACUGUAGUAAUCAUAUUAUUUUUGUGUUUUUUUAUGCUGAUUUUAUUAUGAUUUUUAUUAUCAUAGUUUUGGUUUUCCUGUAUUAUUACUUUGGUUUUACUACAAAUACCAUAGUUAAAAUAUGGUAACUAUAUUAAAACCAUGGUACAUUUUGUGGUUCUGGUUUUAUUACAAAUACCAUAGUUUAACUAUACUUACUGUAGUAAAACCAUGGUAAAUUAUGUGGUUAUGGCUUUACUACAAAUAUUAUAGUUGAACUAUAAUUAUUGUUGUAAAAUAAUGAUACAUAUUUUAGUUAUGGUUUUACUACAAAUACCAUAGAUUAACUAUACUAACUGUUGUAAAAUAAUUAUACAUUUUGUGUUUUUUUUCUUAGUUGAACUAUAGUUACUGUAGUAAAGCCAUGGUCAGUUUUGUGGUUCUGGUUUUACUACACAAACAAUAGUUUAACUUUAAAUACCAUACUGUAGUACAACUAUGGUUACUGUAGUAAAACCAUGGCUAAUUUAUUUCGAUGAAACAUAUCGCAAGGGAGUGCAAAUGAUUGAGAGGGAACGCAAAACUUCUUUUUUAGAAAAGAAAUUCCCUCAAUGUCCUCUGAGAGGCUCCGUCCACAACUAUUGCUCAGAAAUGGUUGCAUGAGCCACUUCGCUUUUCUCUCUUGUACUUUAGUGAGUUUCGAUGUCAGGAUAAUGUUAGGUCAAAUGUCAUAAAAUGUGUGCACUUCAUCUGUGCUGAAUCGUAUAGGAUGCGCACUACUACUUCAGGAGGGCCGAUAACAAGAUAAAAUGUUGUUUAAUAUAAGCAGUACACCCUGAUAGCACACAAAUGUUGCCCAGACGUCUAUCAGAUUUAUCUGUUUUUAUCUGGAAAAUGCAAUUUGAUCUAAAUCGUUCCCUGUUGGAUGUAUUGCAUUUGGCACAAGCUUCUAUCCAAAGCAACUUGAGGUGAAUUCAAGAUAUACAUUUAUCAUUUUGUGUGUUCCCUGGUAAAUCAGCCCAUCAUUUUGCCGUACGUACAGGGAGGGAUUACCGACCGGGGCAAUGGGGCCAGUGCCCAGGGGCCCUUGACUGCCUGCAGGGGCUCUGGGCUUUAGGGUUGCGUGAUCCAAUUUGGCAAUCCCCCCACUCGAAAACUCAUCAACAAUGAAAACGAACCUACAGGAACGUUUGUUUCAAUUUUGAUUUAGAAUGUAUGUGAAAACGAUCUUUUUAAGAUCUUCGUCAGAUGUCGUCCAAGAUAAUGAAAAUGUGAUGCUUUCCAGACGAUGCACUCUUUAACAGACAUCUUGGUGACAUAUGUGUGCUGGCUGGGAAGUGAGUUUGAAAGUUGUGUGGUGUGAGCUUGACCUUAAUUACUCGAUAAGUGUCAGCAAAGCGAUGAUUAUUUUUGAAAACAUUUUAAAGAAGUAAUUUUGUGACAAAAUCAGCCAGAAUACAGAAAUUUCUCCACUUAUCAUAAUGACUGUUUACCCUAGUAACAUAACAUUGUAGCACCUCAAUUAGCAUUUCUCUAUUUCAUUAAAAUUAAAUAUAAUCUACCUCACUGCAUUGCAUUCCCCUGUGAUUAUCAGUUAACAAUUCCCAGAUAAGCAAGUCACCAAUUUAGAGCAAUUAUUAACUGUUUUGUAUUGCUAUUUAAAAUGUUGUUUUCCAGAAAGACUAUUUCCUUUUACUAGUAAAGCCAUGUUUUUUACUUUGUUGGUGGAUCUGAAAUGGAACUGUAUCUGUAUCCUGUUUGAUCAUCAGAAUGAAUGUGGUGUAUUUUCUGAAGUUUCUUUAGCUCUUAUGUUUUAAUAUGAAUGUAGACAAUUCCUUUGAAUUGCACAUGAAUAAUGACAAAAAUGUGGACUCAGUUUUACAGUUUAAAUGGCAGAUGUUUUAAUUUCAAGUUAAUUUCUUUUGUUUGCCAGAGCGUAUUGGCUUUUCUCUUGGACCCAAUUUCAAACAUUCUGAAAGAACAAAUGGAUUACAAUGUUCAUCAAAAAUAUACAAAGUUCUGGAGACUGAGAAAACAUUACACAAUAAAGAAAGAGAGUGGAGAAAAA